GACGUUCUGCGCGGAGUCGGGAUUCAGGAUGAGGAUGCCGUUCUUUAGGCCUAUUCUCCUUUUAUCGGCGUCUCUUGUGUUAUCCUUCGAAAUCCAGGACGAUUGCUUAGUGAAGAAUACCAUCGAGAAAGAAAAAAUCGCCUUUGACUCACUCGAGUUCCUCAGCUUUAUUCGAGACGAUUUUCCGAUCACCGAGGUCCUGAUGUCCUGCGAAACGUCCGGACACGCCAGCAUUCCAGCGGCGUUUCGCUUGCUUAACAUCAGUCCGCAAGGGGUAAAUUGGAGCUCCUCGACAAGCAGUAUCCCUCGGAUUUUCCCCGCGCCCCAAGGCGUCAGCGGCUGGACGAGACUGAGACUUGGUUUAGGAAAACGGCUGACUCUGGAAGAUGGCGACGGGCAUCCAUGGCUGCCUGCAGAUCUCGAACUCGGCUGCGAGGUGCGGAAAGUCAACAUAAUGUAUGGCAAGUUCACGCGAGGCUGCUCUGCGGGCACGCCUGCCUGGAUAGUGGAAGAUGGUGCAACCGUAGAUCUCCCUCUACAAGGAACACUCAUCCGAGACUCGCAAGAAAAUCUUCAAGAAUCAAUAAUAUUGUUUUCCAAGGAUGCCUUCAAGCCAAUCCUGAGCCUAGACGGAGUGAAGUUCGAGCUGGGGCUUCGAGGCGGGCGCUUGGUGGCGGGCGGCGCCACGAGUCCCCUGCCGCCCGUCCCGCACCAUGUUGUCCUGGAGACAUUCGCAGGGGGAAACCGCAAGACGCUGAAGAUGCUCAGCGGUAAACAUGAAGUGUUUACUGAGCCUAUUGAAAGCGCUUUUACUUCCAUGAAAGUGUCGGGCGGCAACAUAACAAUGGUGGUGGUGCAGAGAAUCCAAGAAAAGAGAGGGAAAACAACGUGCACGAUGGAUCUCAGGAGAAAUCCAAGGAGCAAGACGAUUAUGUGGUUCCUGACUGGAAGCCUUGUGGUGAUGGCAGUCAUGUUCAUCUCCGUCCUUGUCUAUCAUUAUCAUUAUAGACAGACUACUCAGCUGGCGCGAGGCCGAGGAGGGCCUGACGGGCCUCCGCGCCGAAAGCCACCAUGCCCAACCGCCGUCGAUCCCGCCUACCUGGAGCCCGCCCCCCGCCCGCCCCACUCUGGGAUCCAAGGCGCCCGCGUUAGGAUGCCCUACGCACCCGAGGGGCACUUGGCUGGAAGUCGGUCGAGUUCUGAACAUGAAUAUGAAGAGGUGGACGAGUGCUUCCUGGAAGGGGCCGGCUGGUCGCAUCCCUGAAGCUUCGGCUUUCGACAGGUCUUCCAU